CAGCAGAUGGCAUCAUCUGCCACCAAACAAGAGUCCUGCUCUGACGCUGCAGUUUGUCAUUCUAAUCUCUUGAACCUGGCAGAUCUGCAAAUGAAGCUACAAACUUUUCACCAGGAAACCUCAUAUGAAAACAUUCUAGCCAGUCGGACAAGGAAUGGAAUAGUUCUAGGUUUUGAAGAUGCAGAUGGAACCACAUCGCUAUCAAUCUUGCAGCAACAUUAUUUCAAAAAUAUAUUUCCAGACAUGCAACCAACAAGCCUGUCACUGAACUGGAGAACAUGGAUGUUUAACGCUCAUGGUGAAUCAAAGACGGCUAUCCUUUUCUUUUACGGCUGUACGCUGCUCUGGGGUUACCCAACCUAUCUCUUUUGGAUCAUACCAUUAUCAUUUAAUACAUUGUGGUAUAUUCAUGUGACCUUCCUCCUCGGCAAUGCACUGAUGUGGUUUUUCUUCUUAAGAGCUUCAAUAAUGAGUCCAGGUUUCCUCCCUCGAGACACAGAUGAAUAUUACAUGGUCAUGAGACAGGUGGAUUCUCUUAAUUGUUGGGAAGAGGGCAAAGUCUUGUUGAGCAGACUGUGUCAUAGAUGCCAUCUUGUGAAGCCUCUCCGAGCAAAACAUUGUCAUAUUGUCAACCGCUGUGUGGCUGGCUUUGAUCAUUACUGCCCUUUUAUCUACAACAAUGUGGGAUACAGGAACAGGCCAUAUUUUGUAGGUUUCCUCGCUACUAUGUGCCUGAACUCUCUAUCUGGGAUAAAUCUGUGCUGGAACUGGUUUCAUGUCAUGGGACGUAGCAUUUUCAUUGGGACUGGAUUUCUCUUUCUUUGCAUCAUUGCAGUGAUUUCAGCAAUCAUGACAUCAAUGUGUGUUUACAUGGCUGCAGUCAACUUAACUACCACAGAAUGUCUGAAACCUGCUAAAUGUACUUAUCUUCUGAACCAUCAAGGAAAAUUCUUCAAUCCGUUUGAUAGAGGAAUUAUACUAAACAUCAUGGAAUUCUUCAAUGUCAUCAAGCCUCUAACUGAGAAUGGACCAAAAAGAGCACAGAUGACAUCAGUCUGAAAACAAAAGAUUUGUCUGCUAUACCAGGACAUUCGGAUCUGUCUCACUUGAUCCUUUAGUAAUGAAACUGUUGGCAUUUGGUGUGGGCCACUUUGGAGGAUACCCUGUCUCCAGUAUGUAUGUAUGUAUGUAUGUAUGUAUGUAUGUAUUUAUUUACAUCAUUUAUAUCCGGCCUUUCUCACCCGAAGGGACUCAAGGCAGCUUACAGACCUGGCAGUAAUCCUCAUAUCUGGAGAAAAAUGAUUAGAGAUGGUAUGUAUCUCAAAACUAGUUGCUAGGGUAAAUGAUGAGCAUUGUUUUUCAUUGUUAAUUGCCAUCAAGACGGAUUUGAUGUAUGGUGACCCUGUGAAUGAGAAACUCACAAGUCACCCUGUUAUAAGAGCUUUCAAAUUCAGGGCUGCAGCGUUUUUGAUUGAACCUAUCCAUCUGUAAAGAUGUUUUUCUUUUCCUACCGCCUUCUGGGGCCCCAUCUACACUGCCAUAUAAUCUGGAUUCUGAAUCCAGAUUAUCUGCUUUGAACUGGAUUAUAUGAAAGUGUAGACUCAUAUCAUCCAGUUCAAAGCAAAUAAUCUGGAUUCAGAAACCAGAUUAUAUGGCUGUGUAGACCCAGCCUACCACUCAUAUCCUGCUGGUGAGCUCCAGGCACAAAUCUGUUUUGAUUCUGUUGGAGCAAAACAUUGGACUAGAUCAGUGGUUCUCAACCUGUGGGUCCCCAGAUGCUUUGGCCUUCAACUCCCAGAAAUCUUAACAGCUGGUAAACUGGCUGAGAUUUCUGGGAGUUGUAGGCCACUACACCUGGGGACCCACAGGUUGAGAACCACUAGACUAGAUAGUUUUUUCAUCUGAUCCAACACUACCAUUCUUAUUUUCCUAUCUUGUGACUUUAUAACUAUAAUGCUUACAUUCUUGUGAUUCUAAUGUGCCCCAUUGCUUAAUGAAAACUUUUCCAUAUGCAUGGAACAGGACAGACCCUGCAACGUGUCUCAAUAGUUAAAUAUAUGGAUGAAAGACACUGGGACUUUUCUGCACUUCUCCCUGCCAAUAAAUAAAUCAUUUAAAUGAUUUAUUUUUAAAAUGUCAUCUUUCAGGCAUGGAUGUUGCACAGCUGACAAACUAGUCAUAAUUGAAAACAAUGAUUCUCCUACGGCAAUUGCAGCCAUCUGCCCUUCGGGAGGAAAACCCCUACACAAUACAUAGUUAGAAUUAGUGAAGCAACACGCAGAUGCCAGCAAUAAGAAAACCAUUAUGAAGUUAAUUAGCCAGCACACAAACCACAAACUCACAAACAUAAGAUUUGUUUAUACUGCAUAAUUUGAAUUGGAUUUAUUUCUUUGUGUUCUUCAUUUGCAGUUGUGAAAAAAGAGUAGUACAUGUUGUGCAUCCCUUAUCCAGAACUGCAAAAUCCAAAAUAGUUCUAAAUAAAAAUUGUCUACAUGGGUAGCUGAGACGGUGGCACCUUUUCUUUCUAAUGGUACAAUGUACACACAUGUUGCAUCAUGCACAAAAUUAUGAAAACAUUGUAUACAUUUAUCUUCAGGCUAUGUAUAUAAGGUAUAUAUGAAACAUACAUGAAUUUCAUGCUUAGACUUAGGUCCUAUGUCCAAGAUCUAUUUUCCUCUUCAAAAAUAAUUACUGAUUAAGAGCAAUUCAAAUAGAUAUUCCAAUUGUAUUGUACAAUAUGCAAUUUAUUUCUAAAGUCUAGAUAAGAUACCCUUAAUAUUUUAAAAAGAAAAUAUUAGUGUUCAACACUAGGUGGCAAUGGCUUACCUUUAAAAAUAUAAUGUUGUUUUGAAAAUGCCACAUUAUUGCAUUUGAAUGUAAGAAUUCAUUAUAAAAUAAAUGAGUGAUUUUCUUUUUUUAUGUAGUAAUGAUUUUACAGUCAACUUUGAUUAGAAAUGUGUGAUCUUAUGCCAACUCAUUAAAGUCAUACAUCUUGUUCCUCUAGCCUGAAAAUAAUUGCACUGAACUGAAGUGAUUGUACCUGUGUCGAGGCCUGUUGCCCAACAGCACAAUUGUAUGAAUAUUUACUCAAAAGUAACUUCAGUGGGUGGUUGGUUACUUUCCAAUAGGCUUGCAUAGAAUUUCCACUGUUUGGUGCAGCAGUACAUCUUUUGAAAUGUAAUGAGUUGAGUGUACUCUGUCAAUUGUAUAUAGCAGUGGUUCUCAACUUUCCUAAUGCUGUGACCCCUUAAUACAGUUCCUCAUGUUGUGGUAACCCCCCGCCAUAAAAUUAUUUUCGUUGCUACUUCAUAACUGUCAUUUUGCUACUGUUAUGAAUCGUAAUGUAAAUAUCUAAUAUGCAGGGUGUAUUUUCAUUCACUCAUUGAUUUUGUCAUAUGGAAGUUGUAGUUGCUGGAAUUUAUAGUUCACCUACAAUCAAAGAGCUUUCUGAACUCCACCAACGAUGCAAUUCAACCAAACUUGGCACACAGAACUCCCAUGACCAAAAGGAAGUACUGGAAGGGUUUGGUGGGCAUUGGCCUUGAGUUUAGGAGUUGUAGUUCACCUACAUCCUGAGAGCACUGUGGACUCAACUAAUAAUGAAUCUGGACCAAACUUGGCAUAAAAACUCAAUAUGCCCCAAUUUGAACACUGAUGGAGAUUGGGGAAAAUAGGACUUGAUAUCUGGAAAUUGUAGUUGCUGGGAUUUACAGUUCACCUACAAUAUAAGAACCCCUUGAACCCCACCAACGAUAAAAUUGGGCCAAACUUCCCACAUGGAACCCCCAUGUCCAACAGAAAAUACUGGUGUUUGGUGACCCCUCUGAACCCGCCUCACAACUCCUCCUCCAUAGGUCCAGACCUCUAGUUUGAGAAAUACUAGUAUAUAGAAUAAUAUUAUAAUACAGAACUGAAACCUUAAUCAUUUUGUGGAUCCUUCAAAAAAGCAAACAGAGACAGUAAAAUCUCACUUGCUUUGCCUAUGCUAUGUAAAUAGAGACUUUCACAUGCAGAUCUUUCCUAAAGGAUGCACCAAUGAAGAGUCAGAACAAAAUGGUCUCGACUGAGAAAGAGAAAUUAUAACAAAGAUAUCAAUAACCUGGAAAAUAUGUGUCAAGGAACAUGUAUAGACAGUAUUAAAACAUCUUGGCUCUAUAGUCUAAGCUAGAAAAGAAAAGGAUGGCUGUUGGGCCAGGACCAACAUUUUCUCCUUUAAAUAAGUUGCAGCCUCGUCCCUUACAGUGUUUUAACAUAAUCAUAGAAUAAUAAAUCAUAGAAUCAUAAAACAGUAGAGUUGGAAGGAACCACUUGGGCCACCCAGUCCAACCCCCUGACAUGCAGGAAAAGCACAACCAAAGCACUCCUGACAAAUGGCCAUCCAGCCUCUGUUUAAAAGCCUCCAAGGAAGGAGCUUCCACCACACUCCGAGGCAGAGAGUUCCACCACUGAAAAGUUCUUACAGUCAGGAAGUUCUUCCUAAUGUUCAGAUGGAAUCUCCUUUUUUAUAAUUUGAACCUCUUGCUCCAAGUCCCCAAAAACUCUGUUUUCCAAACAAGAGUAGAUUUCCAGUCAUUUCCAGUUUUUCUUCUUUACUUGUGUCUCCAUUUUGUUUCAUUUUGGCAGUAUGUGUGUGGUCCAAGGAUAUCCAAGGAGAUGGCAUAGACCAAGAAGGUUGCCCAUCCCUUACGUUUCCUAUCUCAUUUGUCAAAGGCAUUCAGGACUAGGAUUCGGAUUUGGAUCAAAAGUGCACAAGAGAAGUCCACAGAGUUAUGAAAUUGAUUGGCGCAAUUUAUGAGUCAUCAUUAGGAAACUGUUGGCCCAGACUCCCUCCACAUCUCAUAGAUGAACAUGAACAUGCUUGUUGUCAUUGAGAAAACAUGUUUGCUGGAACAUGUUAACCUGCCAUCCUCUUUUGUGAUAUAGGAACAUCUACUAUUCUUUCAUAUUCUCUCUGUCUCUGGCACUUAAUGCCCAGAAAAAACAUUAAAUUCAUUAACUAAAGUACAGGCAGACCCCAAGUUACAAACAAGAUAGGGUUCUGUAGGUUUGUUCUUACAUCAAAACAGGUGCAAUUUUUAAGUGUGACUUAAGUGUGACUUUGUACCUUUGGGCAGCAUAGGGAAGAGUUAAUACCCCUGUGGUAUUUGAUUUUCUUCUAUGCCCCGUUCAGAAGAUGUCUCCUCGCUUUCUGUCUUCGUGAUAACUGGAUUUUGAAAAAGUUGGCUUGUUGUGGAAACAAAGAUUGGCAAGAAAGCUUGAAUGAAGACCCCUUUGACAACUCUUUCAGGGGGUAAUUUCCCUUCCAAAGGGCAGAUUUCUCUCACUUCCUGUUGUCUCGUCCUUUCCUAAAGGUGAGUCCUUUUUAAGUUGGAUGUUUGUAAUCUGCCUUUAUACUUGUUGCCUUACCAAUGGACGAGCUAUUCUGUUUAGAUGGAAAUAUUUAGGAUUUAACUUACACCAAAAUGUAAGUUCCACUAGGAGGAAAGAUUCUUUUUCAUUCUGCUUACUUACUGGAUCUUUGAUUGUUCCUCAGGAUACUUCAAACAUGGAUCACUGAAACUACAUAUUGGAAUUUGUGCAACCAUCAAAUAAAUCUAACAGCAAGAAUUCAAUUUUAAGCCCAACACUUAACCUCUAACCUAGUGCAUUUCAUUAUCUCCCUAAGUUUUGAGAUGUUUUGUUAUAUCCGUACAGAAAUACAAUAAAAUAGCAGUCCUUGACUAAUCUUAUGACUAAAUGACCCUAAACUUACAUUUCCAAUGCUUAGCAACAACAACGACAACAAACAUUGCCAAUGUCAAAGGUGAGAAGAAUUAAAAGAAAUAUGUGUGAGGCUUAGUUUUCUCUUGCUGGAAGGGAGUUUCUUUUUAACUCCAAGAACUUUUUUCUGCAGGUGGGGAUAAAUAAACAAAUAAAUGAAAGAAAAUGCAUUCUUUUUUCAAUAUG